AUGGUAUUACUACAAGAUAUAAAGGAGGAAGACUCGGAGGUGGUGGCAGACGCGGAAAACACGGCGUGUGCGACGCCGCCCAGUGAUGUCGCUCUGGACGAGGACGCAACGGUCGACGAAGAGAAGAUCGCUAUUGACGAGACUGAAAUCGAGCAUAACGACGUUGAAAUCGACUACGACAGCGACAUUUGUGGCGAUGUCGACUUUGCAAGCGGUCACCAGGAUCUCAAAUCUGCCCAGGCAGACUUGCAACUGUACACGGGCUCGCAAGAGGUUCUUCUCCCGCCUCUCCCGGAAGAUAACACGGAUUUGACGUCGCCCGCGACACCGAUGGCACCAGCACAGCAGCUACUGCAACCAGGGACAGACCAUUCACAGAUAUCGCUGGAGUCUGCAGUAACAGGCGACCGUGGGUCGCAAACAACAGCGGCGGCGGCGGCGGCGGCGGCGUCGUCGUCGCUGCGUAGCUCCAGCGCUCAUAGCGUGACAAGUCCAGUGUCACGUGCGCCAUCGGUAGUGCGGCGUGCGCUGUCAGGGUCGCCCUUGGCAUCCGCUGCCAGCUCGCCCAACGUGCUACCUGGGACGCUGACGAGCACCAGCGACGCACUGCACUCGGACCCGUCCGAGCCCUUCGACCUCGCGACCGCUUUCGAGAUGCGCGACGACACACAGCUUAAAUCGGCGUUCGACCUCUCAAAGGCCCUGCAGAUUCCACAGAGCUCUGUUCCCGCAGCAAGCCCAAUUUCGCCAGUAAACAUAUCGCUCAUCAACUCUGGUAGCAACAGCAGUACUAUCAACACCACCGCCGCCACCACGAUUACCUCCACCAAUAGCUCAGCGACCUCUGCCACAGCUCCGCAUUCGCCGCACAUCACGCCGCCCAAGCUGUCGUUCAAGAAGAAGUUUUCGUCUUCCGUGUUGCCCGUCACCAGCCCUACGGUGGCCCCAGCCUCUGCAGAAAACGGUUCUGGUUUGAAUUCCAUCUCGGAUUUCCCGCUUCACCACUUGCAACGGUAUGGAUCCCUUCGAUCUCGGGCACUCACCUCAGAUUUGCCACGAAUGAACUCAAAGGUCGAUAUCGACUCGCAUCAAGGUCUGGGCAUCGAGAACGUGAACUCAGAGUCUGCUCUUGCGCCUCACACAGAUAAAAUACUACUGCGUAAGUUUAGCGUUGGUAGCAGCGGUAGUUCUUCGCGUUCGUAUCAAGAAAUUGACGAAAGUGCCAUGUUUAAGCCGCCUCCGAGCUUCAAUUCCGAUGCAAACUCGCUGGCAAGUUUGCACGAUUUAAAGUCCCCGCGCUCUUCGCUCAACCUUUCGGAAGCCUCGAACAUCAAUAACAAGAAAAUCCCGCUAAUCAAACGGGCGUCUAGCGCCAUUUGGAGGAAGGCAUCUUUAACCAGGGCCCCAUCUUCUCCCAAAGCCUCCGACCCAUCAAGUGCGACUAGUUAUCAGGAACUGCGGCAUACUUCAUCGUUCGCUACUAUUCCUUACAACUCACAAGAUGUGGACCGUGAUAUGAAUCCAAACACUGAUAAAGCGGUAACGACUGCUCGAGCCUUUCCCAAGAAUUCGCUCACAAGGCUGAAAAAAAGCUAUGGUAGUUCUCGUUCCGUCAGUAGCCCAGACCACUUGCAUCAGGUCACUUCUCUGCCAACGCCCCCUGGAGGAUCCAAUUUUUGUAGAACUCCUGAUACCCAGUCCUUUGGUGCCAAAUUUAAGAACGGCCUGACAAGAAUUAUGAGUGGGAGCACAGCCGACAAGUCUCCUGGAUACCCAGAGUCGCAUUCCAAUACCACGCAAGUGAACACAAGAUUUUCUUUUGGUGAGAGUCGGACUCCAGAUUCAGGAAUCAUGUCGUCGCCUUUAAAUCGAAUAACGACUCUGAAUCGUUCGAGUUCUACCGGGAAGACCAACGGCGUCUUGCAACCAUCGAAGCAAGCGUCCUUGGCCAUGAAACCCUCAACCAAUGAUGGUACUCAAACCGCCUUUGGCAUUGAACAAUUCGGUAAGAAGGGUGAGGUUAUCAAAAAGACUGUUUCUUCAAGCACGGGCAGUGCCAACACUGCGAGAAACGAAAGCGUUUUCAGCAGAAACAGUGAUGAAUCGCUAGAGCAAUGCUCGGACAAUGAUGAAUUGACCGUCGAUAUAAGCGAACUCACCAAGACACUGCCAACAAUCACGAUCACAGAAAAGUUGGGGGCACGAAGUGUUACGCCAAUACAAACGCAGUCUAACUUACUGUUAGAUUUAAUCUACAAAGACGGUGCAGUCAACAAGCAUUUGGCGUCCAAUAACAACAACAAAAGUACCAAGGCGCCGCCUAAGAUUACAUUGAAAGAUUACAUCGAUGUCUUGAUUAAGCAGCAGCGAGUGGAAGACGAGCGCUUUGCAGUUUUGGAGUACAAAUUCGCACAAAACGGGUGGUGCUCGCGAGAUGAUCUCAACAACCUUCAACAAAAGCGCAUAAUUAUCAACAGGAAAUGGGCAGAGCGUAUUUCAUACUACCAAGGACGGCUUGAAGCCUGA